AGAUCCGCUGCUGCUGCCGCGGCGGGCGGACCUGCAGGAGGUAGCGGCGGCGGCGGCCGAGGCCGAGGGAAGAUGGCGGACGGUGUGGACCACAUAGACAUUUACGCGGAUGUGGGCGAAGAGUUCAACCAGGAAGCUGAAUAUGGUGGGCAUGAUCAGAUAGAUUUGUAUGAUGAUGUCAUCUCUCCAUCUGCAAAUAAUGGAGAUGCCCCGGAAGAUCGGGAUUACAUGGAUACUCUCCCACCAACUGUUGGUGAUGAUGUGGGUAAAGGAGCAGCACCAAAUGUUGUCUAUACAUAUACUGGAAAGAGAAUUGCAUUAUAUAUUGGAAAUCUAACAUGGUGGACAACAGAUGAAGACUUAACUGAAGCAGUUCAUUCUUUGGGCGUAAAUGAUAUUUUGGAGAUAAAAUUUUUUGAAAAUCGGGCAAAUGGCCAGUCAAAGGGGUUUGCCCUUGUUGGUGUUGGAUCUGAAGCAUCCUCAAAAAAGUUAAUGGAUCUGUUGCCUAAAAGAGAACUUCAUGGUCAGAAUCCUGUUGUAACUCCAUGCAAUAAACAGUUCCUGAGUCAAUUUGAAAUGCAGUCCAGGAAAACUACACAGUCAGGACAAAUGUCUGGGGAAGGUAAAGCUGGUCCUCCGGGAGGCAGUUCACGUGCAGCCUUUCCACAAGGUGGUAGAGGACGGGCCCGUUUUCCAGGGGCUGUUCCUGGUGGGGACAGAUUUCCUGGGCCAGCAGGACCAGGAGGGCCACCUCCACCUUUUCCAGGAAAUUUGAUCAAGCAUCUUGUUAAAGGAACUCGGCCUUUGUUCCUGGAAACUAGGAUUCCAUGGCAUAUGGGGCACAGCAUAGAGGAAAUACCCAUUUUUGGCCUAAAAGCUGGACAGACUCCACCACGUCCACCCUUAGGUCCUCCAGGCCCACCCGGUCCACCAGGUCCUCCACCUCCUGGUCAGGUUCUGCCUCCUCCUUUAGCUGGGCCUCCUAAUCGAGGAGAUCGCCCUCCACCACCAGUUCUUUUUCCUGGACAACCUUUUGGGCAGCCUCCAUUGGGUCCGCUUCCUCCUGGGCCUCCACCUCCAGUUCCAGGCUACGGCCCCCCUCCUGGUCCACCACCUCCACAACAGGGACCACCUCCACCUCCAGGCCCCUUUCCACCUCGCCCACCUGGCCCUCUUGGGCCACCCCUUACACUUGCUCCUCCUCCGCAUCUUCCUGGACCACCUCCAGGUGCCCCACCACCAGCUCCACAUGUGAACCCCGCUUUCUUUCCUCCACCAACUAACAGCGGCAUGCCUACAUCAGAUAGCCGGGGUCCACCACCAACGGAUCCAUAUGGCCGGCCUCCACCAUAUGAUAGGGGUGACUAUGGGCCUCCUGGAAGGGAAAUGGAUACUGCAAGAACACCAUUGAGUGAAGCUGAGUUUGAAGAAAUCAUGAAUAGAAAUAGGGCAAUCUCAAGCAGUGCUAUUUCAAGAGCUGUGUCUGAUGCCAGUGCUGGUGAUUAUGGGAGUGCUAUUGAGACAUUGGUAACUGCAAUUUCUUUAAUUAAACAAUCCAAAGUAUCUGCUGAUGAUCGUUGCAAAGUUCUUAUUAGCUCUUUGCAAGAUUGCCUUCAUGGAAUUGAAUCCAAGUCUUAUGGUUCUGGAUCAAGAAGACGUGAACGAUCAAGAGAAAGGGAUCAUAGUAGAUCACGAGAAAAGAGUCGGCGUCAUAAAUCCCGCAGUAGAGAUCGUCAUGAUGAUUAUUACAGAGAGAGAAGCAGAGAACGAGAGAGACACCGGGACCGGGACCGGGACCGCGAUCGAGAGCGCGACCGAGAGCGCGAGUAUCGUCAUCGUUAGAAGUAUAUACCCACAUUUUACAUGGUUCAACUACUUGUUCUGAAUUUAAUCUUCUGGAAACAUCUGGGAUAAAUGACAGGUGAGUAAUAACAGGUAAACAUUUUGACCUCUUAUCCUUAAAUAUUGUGUUGCUUGCUUGAGCUACAGCUUUUAGGUUUCAGGUUGUUAAUGGUCCUAAGAAAUAAUCAAGAGGACUCAUUGUCUACUUCUAAAAAUCUAAAAAUUGGAAUUCUCUUAAUCACAUACAUAGUUUUCAUGUGAUUUAAAAUAUAAAAUAUAGGGAGUUAAUUCAUACUAUAUAUAGUAUGCUUGGACUUCAAAAAAUAAAGUUUCUUUCCUUGAACUAACUUUAUUUAUCCCUAAAAAUUUUAAAGAAAAUCUGACAGUAUAAUAGUUUAUAAUACAGGAAGAAUAUAGGAGGGUGGUUUCUCAGCAUUGAGAAAAACUUUUUUUUUUUUUUUUUUUUUUUUUUUUAGAAAAGACACUUUUCCUGCCAUCUGGGUUUUGUUUUUAAAAGAAAAGAAACAGUAUUCUUUAAUUUGCAAAGAAGAUAAGAAAGUUACUCAAUUAAAAUGGAUUCAGGGUAUUCCAUAUAGAGAAUUUUAAAUUGUACCAAAUCAUACAUCCCAGGUUAGAAUAACCUUGAAAUAAUUUUCUUUGAUGUUUCAUUCAUAAACCAUAAUCAUUGUGUCUUUUUUUUCUGUAUUUUAAAACUAUUGUGUACAUUUUUCAUAAAGCGGGAAGAGUUGUCUGUUUAUACUUCAUUUUCACGUGUAAUUUUAUUUUUAUAUUUGUGAACAGCGUUUAUUCAUGUGAAAAGUGGGGAGAGGGCACUAUAAGGCUUGUGCAUGUGACACAAAGGUUAUUCUGUAAACAGAUUUUUUUUUUCUUCAUAUGUUGGUGGCAUAUCCAAAAUAAAUUAGGCUAAAACAAACCCCUUAUUGGUAAUUACUCUUUACAUGAUUAUUUUCCAUAAAAUAAAAUUGGGAAAUAUUGAAAAUUCAAUUAUGGUAAUUGUUAGUAUUUAAAUUGUUAUGGGCAAAAUCAAAGGAUUGUAUGUAAUUCUGUGACAAAAUAACAGUUUCUUUAGAUAUAUUUUAGCAAACGAGAUCCUUUUUAAGUAAUAUUACUUAGAAAAUAAGCAUGUAAGUCUUAUUUUUAUGGUACACAAAUAACCUAUUACAUUAUACAGUUUUAAGGGCUUUUUGAAGUAAAAAGGCAAGUUUUAAUACUUUUCCAUGCAUUUUGAAUAUAUAUCAAAACCUUAAUUUUAAAAUAGUUCUCCAUGUACUGUAUUAUAGAACUUAACAUAAAUAAUUCUCAAAACAUUAUUUUAAUAUGAGGCAAAACUUUUUAUUUUUAAAACUAAGCUUAUUGAAAUUGAUACUGUUUUUGGAUGUAAGAACUGAAUGUUGUAUCAUGUAAGACUAAAUACUAAAUUUUAAAGAUGUAGCCCUCUGCCUCUCCCACUCCCGCCCACCCCACCCCCCAGUUAUAGAUCUGAUCCCAUCUUAUGAAAAAAUUCUCAGUGCCCAUCAGUGCUUAAGGUGAAUUGUGGCCAACUUAGGGAAAUGUUUAACGUAUAUCAGCCAUUUCAUUUAAAGUAAGGUACAGGUCCUUCAAUUUAUAUUUUUAUUUAGACUUCGUCAGUUAUCAACAAGCUUCUAGUUACUGAAGUCAUGAUAAUGGAACUUGCAUACAUUUUCAGUUAUCUCCAAGAUUGGAUAUGCCCAUCAAGGGCAUUCUGAGCCAGUUUAUACCCAAAGUUAAUUAACAAGUCUUCUUAAUGGUUUUAGCAUAGUUAAGUAAACUCCUUCUGAAAGGUCCAUUGUUAAUUUUAAAUACUUUGAAUUAACAUUACAUUCCGGUAAUGGGUACACCUAACUAUAUCAUGGUUUGAGUUUCAUUACGUUCAGACAUUAACUAUGAAUUCCUAACUUGCAAACUAUUGUUGACAUUUUUUCUUAAUCACUGAUGUGUACCAUACCAAAAUUCCCAUGUUUUGUUUGUGCAUUAAUCAGAAUUGAGUUGUAAUAUUGUUAUGUGCCUUCAUCCAAGCAAAAUUUUACAUAAGCAUUUCCAGUGCAAAAAAUUCUGUUAUCCUGGAAUAUUGUACCUUUGCUAUACCAAACAGUAUUUAUUGUGAACAUAGAUGUGAAUAAAUGGGUAGGGACUGGGAUUAAAUAUAUCUGAGUGAAAAACUUUUUUGAGCAAAUAAAAAAUAUCUGCACAUUUAAUCACCAUCAUAAUGAGGUCUAUUGACCUUUUUUAGAAGUUUUAAAAUAUGAGUCCUUUUGAACUUUCAUGUAAAUCUUAAAUGGACUGAAUGGAAUAAGAGUAACUUGGAAGCUAAAGUGAAUGUCAGUAGUAAGUCUGUAUGCAAAUAAAACAAUAAUGUAAUCUAUUAUUAAAGUGAUGAUGAAUGGCUAAAAGGGCAAGUUCUUAAUUUAACUGGAAACUUAAAUGAUGUUGGCAAGCUGUUAAUGUCUGUCCCAUCUUAAUUUUUUUGUGUGUUUGAACUGUUGGUAAUGUUAAUUGCAUUCUCUCAUUUUAAAAAUGUAUUAGUUUUUCUAAAAGCAUUGAAUAUCUAAGUUCAAAUAUAUAAUAUUUUAAUGGGAAUAUCGGUAUUGUAAAUUUCAGCAUGUAAAUAUAUUGUGCUUCAUAUUCUGUAAUUUCUGCCUCUAUUCUCAGACCACUCUGAGCAAAACAAAAGUAGUUCAGUGUUUUAAGAUUAUAUGCUUUUUACAGAAAUAAUUUUGUUUUCAUAGUUGUUUUCUUUUGUGUUCCUCUUAUUACUUGCUGGGAACAACCCAGCGAUUUCUGUUAACAGUUCCACUUUUCUUUGUAUACUGAAGAGUAAUGAACUGAAAUUAUUUUUUUAAAUACUCUAUUCAUGCUUUUCCUCUCUCUGACACAUGAUGUUUACAUUCUCACAUCAUUAUCCAUUCCUUUGAUUAGAUUUUAAGCAUCAUAUACGGGCUAUAGGUUAAGUAACUAUACUUUCCUUUGCUGUAUGAUUACUUUUCUCCUUUCACAAAUACCAUGAUCUUAGAUUUUGUUGUCAUUGCACAAGAUUUAGGGUGUUUUGCAUUCCUUAUUCAAUUUAUAGCUUUGCAUUAAUUUGGCAGGGGGAAGCCAAAAGAAUCAAAAGUUCUUGCGUAAAUGUUAAGAUGCUUUUAUCUCCUCAAGAGUUAAUGUUACUUCGAGUCUUAUGUGAAAAUUAAAUUCUUCUAAUCAUCUGAUGAAUGAUACGGGUGGUAAUGAGAUUUAAAAAUUAUUUCUGCAACUCUUAAGUCAUCUGAGAUCUGACUAAUACUGUCCAGCCCUGUGUUUAUUGUUUCCCCAUAUAUCCUAACCGCUUCAUCUGGAUAUGCCAGCUUUCAUUAUUUUCACUCUAAUUUUCCUUGCUUUUAGUAUUAUUUGCAAAACCUGCCUGACUACACAGUUAUGUUAAUUAAAGUGAGAAGAGGGUAAAAAGGGAUCCUAGAAUGGAUGUAUAGUGUGUGUUUUGCUCACUGUGGUUUAAGAAUAUGGUUUUGUUUACAAAUGAUUAAUGUUCCCUGUUUAAAAAAUAAAAAUCAGUGCCAAUGUGAGUCACCUUGAUCUCUCACCUUCAUCUCAGUGUGAAACUUACUACCAUUGUUCUAGUUUGUAAAUUAGAUUGUUUUGAAUAAAUAAUGAUUUGAAUGAAUAGUUAGCAUUGUUUAAAGGAAAUCUAAUAACCAAAAAAGGAGUAAGGGUGUCAUAUAUGCUGUCCAAAUUUACUACUUUGCCUUGGUGGUAGCAUGUUUUAACUCUCGCAGUGAAAUCUAAAUCACACAGCAGCUUAUUUUGAAAUGUCCAUUUUGUCAAAUUUUUUGGGCAAAGCUGGGUAUUCUUUAACUGUGAAGUUUAUUUCUACUAUUUAGUGAACUGCCUAGAGCAACAAUCCUGUAUAUGUUUUAUAGUGUAAUGAAAUGCGUUAGUUAAAAUGAGGUAAGUACUAUCUGCAGAGAUGCAAAGAUGAAAGUACGAAAUGUUUUGGUAGUAGGGAGUUUUUUGUAAACAUCUACAACAAACAGGAUUUUGUAAUAUGUUCUAGUCAAUGCAAGAAGGGAUUUUGAUUUUAAAGAGUUCACUUGUAUUUAGAUACUUCUAGUUCUUUUGCCCACUUCAUCUCCUUUCCUCUCAUUAAGAAAAAAGUGAAUUUUAUUAUACUGCAUUAAUAAAAGUAUAUCUCUAAAAUUAUAUUAGAAUCCUUCUUAUUCAGUGUAUUAAUGUGAAAACCUGUAAAAGAUCCAUAUCUAAUAUAUAUUUGAAUCUUCUACCUGAAAGGUGAAUUAACUGAUACCAGUAAAUUUGCUUGGAUAAGUUUUCUAAUAGAAACACUUGUAAUUUGAGUUGUUAGUAUUGACUUGAUCUUGCAUUAUCUCAAAAUGCAGGUGCUUCUCUGUAUUGAAAUUUUAACUUAGUGCUCACUUUAUAUACUUCAUUAAAGAGCCAUAGAUUCCAUCUGUCUUAGUUUUUUUAACAACUGCUUACAUAGAUCUUCCUUCUAUAACUGAUAGCUAAAGCAAGAAAUUGUGUGGCUUUGACAUUACAGAUUUGACCACAUGGUAUUCUGAAAACAUGACCGUUGAAUGUAUUUGUCACUUUAAGCUUCUUUUUGAUAUCUGUGUUUAUGUAGAUUUCUAUUUAGAAACUUGAGACUAUAAUAUGGAAUUGGGUUAUUGGAAAUGGGUUGUAUUGCCUUCAAAUUUGCUUUUUCUUUUUUUUUUUUUUGAGAUUGUAAAAUUUUGUAUUUCCAAAUGGAUAAAUGUAAAGUGUUUAGAAAUAGAAAUAAAAGCUGUCAGAUUAUCCCCCAGAUUUUGUCUGUAUGGUGAAAAUUAGAGACUUAUUAAUAGUAAAGAUCUAUCUAUAAGACAAAAGAUAAGUGCAUUCAUCCUAAAGAUAUGUGUUGUAAUUUCACAAUAGGAUUCUCUACCUAAAAAAUAGUAAAAAUUCUCCAUUAGAGUGAUAUAAAAUUGCAGAGUAUGCCAUGUUUUUUGGAAGGGUUGGGUAUUUUUGUUUUGCUCACUGUGACUUAAUUUUUCCCUCUUAUUUAAAUCCCUUCCAGCAUGAUAAAAUAACUAGGGAGAUAAACAUCUUUUUGCAAUAAGAUUUAUGAAUUUCCCAUUAAUCUAUUUUUUCAGAUUAGAACAUAUGCCUUGUCUCUCUUUAAUACUUCAAUACCAGUUUUUUUACGUAUAUUGCAAAGUAGUAAAGAUAAAAUGUGUGAAGCUACCUUUCUAGAUUUUUUCCAUGAAAUAAUUCCACCAAAAGCUUUAUCAGCAUAAGAUAAAAUACAUGAAAGGUAACAUUAGAAAUGGCUUAGUAUCUAUUUGAAAAAUAUGGGCAAAUUAAAAACUAUUUAAAAGUCCAGGAUUAUAACAUCUGCUUUUUCAUUUUGUAGUUGUAAAAUUUAAGUUUUUACUGCUAGGCAGUGUGAAUGCGUAUGUGUACUGAUGCUCUUAAGAUGCUUACACCCUAAUUGAGGAGGAAAGGACAUAGAAGAAGAUUUAUAGUUGUGACAGAAUAUUAAUUACUCUUAAUUGUAGAGCAAAAAGUAUUUUUCAGUUACUUUUAUGGAAUACUAUCACUAAACAUUGUGCCCUUUUGCCUCUUACAUCAUAUUAUUGAAACACUCUCUUGGAAUUUAUAUUUUAAAUAUCUGGUGUUUCAAGUGAUCACUUAUAUCCACGUUACCUGAAUGUUUCUUUUGUGAACCUCUACCUGAAGUUUGCAUAUUUAUGUACUCCUGAAACUUUAGGUUAUCUCAUUUAUUGGGGUUUUAUUUCUUUAUGUGAGUUUUCAAUGAAAUUUAUCAUUGUAGAUUCCCAUUUAGCUUGUUUCGGCUUAGUUUAUAUAUUUACAUUAGAUAUUUCAGUGUAGGUGGAAUAGAGGGACAGUAAUGUUAUAAAUUUGUAUAUGUCUAAAGAUUUGUACGUGGAUGUCAUAUUUAUUUAAAUGUGCAUACUGAGCUUAUAUUUAUAAAUUUUGUAACAUGGAGGACCGUUUGAUUUAUAACAUUUGCAGAAGUUCCUGUAUGUCAAAUAAAUACAACUAAUCUGUAAAAUAAUUUAUUGCAUUUAUAUUCAGUUCUCAUUUAAUUGUUUAUGAGUUAUAUAGAAUUUAUGUGGGUGAAUGAUAAUAUUUACAUUAAAAUCAUCCAAGUGUUUUUCCAUUUAUUUUUGUAGUACGCAUACUUUAGAAAAUGACUUAUAAAUGUUUCCAUCUUCACAGAAACAGUAGCUGCUACAUUUUCAUUUCCGUUUCAGUCAUUAAAUUUAUAAGGCAAUAAUAUUUAAGAAGAAUGAAAUCAGAAUGUCUCAGUUUUAAUCACAUACAUUUGGGAGCCUUUCUCCAUCACAAAGGCAGCUACUGUUUCAGUUAAUUCUUAUUUUGUGUUAGAAUACAUAACAGUGAAGUAGAUGCACGACUUGUGUAUGUAUAGUUAAGCCAGCAUUUUUCUGUGUAUUAUGGGGAAUAGCAAAAUCUACAUCAUAAAUUUUGACACAUUACAGCUGAAGGAAGAGGAACACCUUCCAAGACAAAACAGUCUUCAUGGGGGAAAAAUGACGCUUGUCCAGCAGUUUGCUUCUUGUGAUUGAACUGAACCUGUAAGGAUUCAUGGAUAAAAUGAACAGGAAUAGAUCUGAAUAAAGCAAAUCUGCAUAAAUGGUAACCAGUAGCUCUACUUUUAUUUUUUAUGUUGCUUACCUGUUUUAUUUGAAGGAAACCUGUGUGAUUUAAAAAGUUAUAGCUUUUGCAACUUUAUUACUGGUUAUAUACAUUUGGCCAUUAUAAUGUGCAAGCAAUUGGAAAAAAACGUCAAGUAAAUGCUUGUUUUAUAGUAGUUUGUUCUUGUUAAAAAUGUUCAUACGAUAAUGUCUGUAAACAGCACCACUUUGAUUACAAUAGAUGUAGUGUUGUAAUAAACUGUUUAAUGGGGCUGAUGUGUAAAGCUGUUCAAGUUAUUUGAUGUUUACACCUCAGGGAAAGUCUUGUGUUCAGCAAUAUCUAAAGAUAAUGUUACUAUGACAUUUAUACUGUCCUUUAAAAAAACAUUGCAAUAGCAUUUUUGGAUAUGCAUCAAUCUAAUCUUGCGUUCAGUGAAUUAAACAUACUAAUUAAGUGUCUCUUGCCCUUGAUUUUGAUAUUAGAAUAGGUGAUUACAUGGGUAUUUAAUAUUUCUAUAUUCUGCUUUUCUAGCUGUUUUUACCUAGUUAAGCUUGUGACUUUGCUGAAUGGUAUGUAAACUUGUAAAAACUGAAAUUUCACAACAUAACAACCCAGUCAUUGUGUUAGGGGUCAACAAAGGUUUUGUGGUUUUAACAUUUUAGUAAAAACCCACACGUGAUUUGCUACAGUAAUGCAGCUUAAUUACAACACAGGUGUACUGAAACGCUUAAUUGUAAACUGCUAGCAUUGAAGAAAUAUUUUGACAGUUCUGAUUUGAUGUGGCAGUUAUUAGCUAUUUUAUAUUGAUAGUGCUUAUGGUUUAUUGUUGAAGCCAUGGGCAACGUAAAUAUAGGCAGCCGUGCAGCAGACAAAUGUGAGUAAAGAAAGCCUUAGUUUUAUUUUCCAGUUACAGGAAAUAGAUUUCUGAAGGGUGUGAUGUUUAUUAACAUUGGGUUGUAUUCUCCUAUAUGUGUAAUAGGAGAUUAUAGGUGUACCGAUCUCCACAGUUUAAGGAGUUCUGUGUAUUCAUGCAACCUAUUAAUUCAUGCUAAAGUUAACCUAAUCAAAGAUUUUUUUCAAACCUGCCUUGCAUAUAAGCCCACAUUAAAAGCACCUGGCUAGCAUGUGUUCUUAAUUGUAAAAUUAGCAUAGGCAGAGUGUCAAUUUGAUUAGACAUUUUUAUAGAAAGUUCAUUCUGAAUCAUUACUUCAGAAAUUUGAGUUAAAAUCCUUAAGCAAGUUAAUAUGUUUUUUAAUGUUUUUAAAAUCUGAUUAUCUUUGAGAGAUCUUCUGAUAAUACACUUCCUUUUUUUUCUUUUUUUAAACGUAUAGCCAAAUUUUAGGACGUUGCUUGUUUAGGCACCCUAAAUAUUAUGUAAGUGCAACCUUAGAAGCCCUCCAGAGAACUGCAGUUCUUUACUUUCAUGUUGUCCACCAUCAUACCAGUUCUUGCAGAAUUAGCUGUUUUAAAUUAUCCAUAUUAUUGCCAGCUUUAUUUUUAAAACAUUUUGUGGUUAGAGUAUUUGUGCAUGGAAUCAUUGGUGUUUGUCAGAACUGUUUGCUCUCAGAAAUGAUUUUUUAAGUGUUCUAUCUUGUUGAAAAUGCAGUUGCCUUUUUAACAUUUGAGAGUUGUAUCAAAAUCAGUUUUCUUGCUUUGUGUAUAGAUGUUGUUAGUUUUAUUUCUUAGAUUUUUUUUAUAUUACAAUGCUGUAAUGCGAAGAAGUAUGGACAUAAAUAUAUUACAAGGGAAUUAGUUAAUAGUAAGCUUAAAAGGUAAGUAAAUGUCCAUAAGGAUACAAUUUUCUCUGAACAAUUUAAAAAUGGGAUCAUAAAAAUCUUAACUGUGCUUGAACUUGAAAUGAAAACUGGAAAUUUUGUACUAAUUAAAUCCUUCAUUUACCUUUUCAUUUUUUUUUUUUUUUUUUUAAUCAGUGGAACCGUUUAAUUGCUCAUACUAUAUCACUCUUCUCCCUACUUGGCUGAUCUCAUUACGUGACUUUUGUUGCAGACAAUGUGAGUGUACUAGAAUUGUUUGCUGUUAGUGUAUUAUAAAUGUUAUCAGAAGGGAAUAACUUUUUGAUUUGACCAGUUUUUGCCAAGUCUUUCUCUAUCUGAUACAUGAAUAUAUAGCAAUGAAGGUGAAAAUGCAAGCUAUGUUUUAUUCUUCAUAUCCCUUUUUUUUUUAAUGGGCUGAUGUUAUUUGAAAAUUUUUUUAAAUGUUUAAAAACAAUCCAAAGAGAUAAAUCUCUACAUAGACACCAAAAAAAGAGUCCCAGAGAUCUUUUCAUUUCUUCUUAAUAAUAAUUAUAGUGGAUAUGAAAACAAAACUGAAUUUAAUUUUAAACCAUAGCACUUGUUAGUGCUAUGCCAUCACAUUCCUUUCAGCCAGUAAAGUUACGAAUGAGUGAUGCAGCACCUGAAUGGUAUUGCUUUUGAAGCAGUACUUUGAAUUGAAUGUGCUGCUUUUGGUUAAUGGACAUAGGUUUUGGAAAGGAUAUUCCAGUAUAAAUUUAUAAGUAUUUAUUUUGUCAAUUUUUAUAAGCAAGAUUCGGAGUAAGUUACAGUGGCUAAUGAUCAUAGUUUAGCCCAUUUACCUAGAAUAUUCUUAAGCAGUUAACUACAAUUUGGAGUUCACAAAAAACUUAUAGAUUGUAGCUUAAGGUAUUACUUUCAGUUAAUUCUCCUGUGGAGAAUAUUGCUUUGUUUUCUACUAGUUUAAGGUCAGUUCUUAAAAUAAACAUGGAGAUUUUAAUGAAUGUUGUAUAACAUUUUGUAGUGAGGGGGAAAAUUUGUUGGAAGGGUAAAGACUUUCUUUCCCUUAUGUAUUUAAAUGUGCCAAUAACCUAAAUACAUACUGUUUUAUACAAUGAGAUGCUACUACAAGACUUUCUGUUGGCGCACUCUGACAUUUUGGUUUUCAUACCUGAAUGAUCAUUGCGUUUUCUGUAUCUUGUAAGAUGGCUUCACUUUUGUGUUUUAAGCUUCAGCUUGUUAUUUUAAGAGGAAGUUUAUGUUCUGUUUCUUUACUGAGAAUACAGUAUUGAGAUCCUAGCUGUUUUACAGAUAACUGCCUUUUAAAUUUUAUUCAUUAAGUUCAUUUGCAUCCCAUAGCCAUCUGUAAUAUUUCCCAUAGUUGUAUGUACUUUAAGUGCACGCUUACCCAUUGUACACAUUAGACAUUUUUGUGCUAAAAUAUAUUAAGUGGGAUUUUUGUAGCAAAGUAUUUUUCUGUUUUUACAGUGUGUGUGUGUGUUGUUUUUUACGUUAACCUUCAGUUUAAACACUGGUGUAUUUUAUUUUUUAGCAACUUGACUCUUAGAAGCCUUAGACUAAUUUUUUAAUAAAUAUUCAACCAAAAAUUAUAAAUUUAUUAAGAUGUGGCCUUACAUAUAGCAUUCCUUAAUGUUUGUAAUGUGAGAUUUUUGAUUUAGAGAACUCAAAAGAUUCAGGAUUAAAGUAUCUUAUUGUAAGUUGAAAUAGAAAAUGUGUUAAAAUGUCUAAAAUGUCUAGGCUUCUGGGAGGAAGUUCUUAUACUCUUCUUUCUUGGUAUUAGAAAGAAGCAAUAUGAAUUUCUAUGAAUAUUCAAAAUAUUCAGGCAGUUGUAUCUUGUUCAGAUUGAUUUAGGUUUGUCUUAACCAAUUUCUUUAAAAUUUCAGGUUGUUGGCAUUCACUCUGAGUAUGCAGCUACCAUGGUUUUUGUAUGGGACAUAUAAACACUUGGUUAGGUAUAGACAGAUGUUAAUAUUUUAAAGACUUCCUGCUAUAUUAAUUAGCAUAUUGUAAUGGAAGUUUUUUAAAAUGUUAGGUGGAGUUUAAUUGAAGUCACACAAAUCUUGAAAUGGUAUCUGCAGAUAAUAAAUACUACGGAGAGUUUUUCCUGUGGGAGUAUCCUAAAACUCCGCCAUGGGUGUAAAUGUUUUACAUUAAUUUCAUAAUUGGACAGACCCUGCAUUUAGUGAAAACAUUUCAUUUUGAAGAUGUGUUCUUUUUGUCUCAUUGUUACUGCGUAACACUUCUCAGCAUUCUUUCUGUAAGUUAAAUUAUUUUAAAAUGGUGAAUUCGUGUUUAUUUUUUUACUUUGAAAAUUGUAGUACUCAGGUGGUAUUUAAUGGGAAAGGAUCCUUUGGGGUAAAUCAUAAUGUAUUCUAAGGAAUGCAUCUAUAACAUUGACUUUAGCCUUAAAGAAAGGUCUAUUAUUCCUUCUUCCUCUUCAUUCCAUGGUAUAUUAGCAAAGUAGUUUACAGCCUUGUACAGCCUUACAAAGUUGUUUUACAAUUUUUAAUCGAAAGCCCUUAACAAAAAACUGUAUCAUAUUACCAGUAUACAUGCAUUACUGAACCAUGGUUUGUAAAUAAUUUGACUAAUACCAGAAGGCCAAAGAAAGUCUUAAAAUUUUAGCUAUUGACUCUAUGGUGACUUCACAAUAAGAUUUCUGUGCAAAAGGUAAGGUGAUAUUUGAUCAAAUAAACAUCUUUUUGGUGUCCCUGAGAAGUAGACUUCCAUAUUCGCUUCUAUUAAAAAGCUUAUCCCAUUUUAUUAAAAUGUUUGUAAUUGCAAUUUUGUGUUUAAUGUUUACUUUCUGUCUUUUCUUUCUUUAGCAUUUAGGUGACUGUUCAGCAGUUUGCUAUAUGGCCAUUGUUGGCCUUUAAACUGCACUAGUAAUGAGCAUGGUAUUUAUCUUGUAUUGAAAAUAAAACACAGUUUUUAUAAUA